GAGGAAGAAAGAGAGAGAAGCGGGUGGUGAUAUGGCGUUUGGAAUGACUGCCCGUUAUCUCAGGAAUAACCCGAAUCAACCGGGCACGCAUUUUACACUUCUGAUUCUUCUCGGCAUCGCAUGCGGUGUGUGUGGCAGCCAGGUUGUGGUACCCCCCAAGGUGAGUGGUGUUCUUGGGAAGAAUGUGACACUGAGCUGCAGGAUUCAGGUGGAGUCCAACCUGAGUCUGACACAGAGCUCAUGGGAGAGGCGCCUGUCGUCUGGCUGGGUCACAGUGGCAGUCUACAACCCUAUGUUUGGCAUCUCCAUCCAGCCGGAGUACGAGAACCGCCUGUCUUUCCGCAUGCCCUCCACCCAUGAUGCCACCGUUGUGCUGCAGGAUGUGGCUUUCUCAGAUGUCGGUGACUACACCUGCAAGGUGGCAACUUUUCCUUUAGGCAACACACAAGCCUCCACCACCCUCAGUGUCCUUGUGGAGCCAAAGGUGUACAUAUCCGCCGGUUCUAUAGCUCUGUUAGAUGGAGGAAACCUGACCACUGUAGCCACUUGCAUUGCCGAGCAUGCCCGUCCCCCGGCUGAAGUCUUCUGGGAGUCAGAUCUGUAUGGCACAUCGGAGGUGCACUUGCAGGAAGAUGGCAAUGGCACCACAACCACACAGGUGCACUACACCUGGGAGCCCACGCGCCAUGCCCAGGGUCACGCCCUCACCUGUGUAGUGAAACAUCCAGCCCUGCUGAGUGACUUCAGGAUGCCUUAUGUCAUCAACGUGCAGUUUGCUCCGGACAUCCUGCUGUUGGGCUAUGAUGGAGACUGGUAUGUGGGGAGGGAGAAUGUCCAGCUGAAGUGCCAAGUCAAAGCUAACCCACCGGCUCACUACUUGAGAUGGAUCAGGCUGGAUGGGGAGAUGCCAGAUGGAGUGGAGGUGGUGAAUAAUUCACUGACAUUCCUGAGGCCACUGCAGAGAAAUGACUCUGGCGUGUACAGGUGUGAAGUGGGAAAUAACAUCAGCCUGCGCACCCGUGACCUCAGCAUCCGGAUCCAAGAUCCUCCUUCCACCACCACUAUGCCUUCCACUACCCCUGUGCUCCCUCUUAACACCGACAUCUCUGUCACAGCACCUGGCAAUAAGCAGCAGGCCCUCUUCACAUCCCCGACCCUGGCACCACUACAUGAAGGCAACCUGGGCACCAUUGUGGGUGGGGUGGUAGGUGGAGCUCUUUUCCUGUUGCUGCUUCUGGUGCUUGGUGGAGUUUACUACCAGCGGCGGUGGCACACCUUCCGUGGAGACUACUACACCAAGCAGUACCUGGGACCUUCAGACAUGCAGAAAGCAGCAGCACCACCACCACCACCACAUGAGCUUCACAUCUACACCAAUGAGGCAGACAGGGCUAGUCCUGACACAAAGCUCAAGUCAUGCCAUGAUAUCAACGGUACCAUUCUCUCGGACCAAGACAGGGAGGAGUGGGGCGGCUUUGAGCGCGAGAGAUCUCCAAAUGGCCGUAGUAGAGCUGUGCGAGAGGCCAACACCCAGCAAAACCUCCAGAACCAUCAGCAGCAGAGCUACCAACCUAACCACCACCCAGCCCCCCAACCCAACUAUCAACCAAACCACCAGAGCUUCCUCACCACCCCACACAAGCACAGAAGCUCACUCCAGCCUGAGUCCCGUAGAUACCCUGGCCCUCAGGUGAUGCGAAAUGGUUCCUCCUUCUUGCCGGAGGACUGCUAUGACAGUGACUACGUGUCACACACAGAUGGCUCUAUGAUAUCCCGCAGGGAGUGGUACGUCUGAAUGGGGCAGCACUGCAGAAAGACUGCUUACAGUCCUUAGCAGAAGACAUCAAACUUGCAAGUGUAUGAUGGUAGAAAUAGAAUAUGUACUGAGGGGGGGAAAAAAUGAGAUGAAUAGAAAAGCACCUCUUGCACCUUUUUCAUGCUUCUACUGUUUCAGUGUGUGGGUUUUGUUUUUUUUAUGUAAAGGAUAUAUAGGUUAAAGUACAUCCAGAGUUGCCUAUUUAUUAGGAACACCUGCCUUUUCUCUGCACUUAUUGGGCAUUUUAUCAGCUCCACCUACCAUAUAGUCAAAAAAGAAAUGUAUUAGCGCCCUAAAAGUGUUGUUAGUUGGUCCUGCUGCAUGUAAUACCUAGCAACUGAGGGUUUCUCCUAGCACAAAAGCUUUUAAGAAACCAUCCAAAGAUCCCUUUAUUCAAACAGCUAUAAAUACUGGAGCCCAUCUAUAGCUGUGGACAACUUCAGAUCCCUUCCCAGUCCGUCAAUGGAAGGUGACCACCAUAGGACCACAAUGACCAAAUAUUUGGGUCAUGGAUUUUUUUUUUUUUUUUGAAUACAACAGUCUUGCUAUGGCUUUUAUCUGACCAGUGGUGGUCUUAUGGGGGUCCCUUUUCAUUGAUUUUGGAGCUGGCUAUCCCACAUUAAUCAGUAAUUUUACACCCAUGAAGUGACCUGUAUGGAAGAUGAACCUGAUAACCUGGCCAGUUUUUGUAAAUACAGGUAGUUGGAUUAUAAACUGGUAACUUGUAUGUGCCCAGUGGUCACCGACUUAAGUUAAAAAAUGUAAUACCUAAAAAUAUCCUACUUUAAUUACAGUGAGGCAAAUCUGUAUACAAUCCAGAGAGCGGGUUUCCCUUUUUUUUUUUUUAAAUGACACGUUUCAAGCAGUGCGGACAUGAAAUGGUGAACUUUCAGUAAUAUCUUGGUUCUAAAACACAAAUUAGCUCUUGUCAUCAGUCUCCCAGCUGGUGUGGUUACCGUGGCAAUGCUUCAACAUCCCUCUCCUCAGGCAUUAAAUGGAGUGAGCUGUAGGAAUAGUGCUAGACGGGGAGGACUUGGCACACACUUCUACAGAGAGCAAGUGGCUGCAGUGUAUUUAUGUACCAAACUUGAGUGUGUUAAUGUACAUUUUGUUAAUCACAGCCAUUUUUUAACACCACACAGUAAUGUUGAUAAUGGAUGUGUAUUCGUGUGUCCCUCAGUUAAGAUUCUGGUAGUUCCUGUGGAAUCUGUUCUUUUAGUGCCUUUGUUCGUGUUGAACAUAUCACUUAGGAUGUUUGAUUACAUCUGAAGAUGGUGAUUGGAAAGAUUUGCUGUUUGAGAGUCUGUCACUCUCUUCUUCUGCUCCACAUUUCAGGUCAUAAAUUUAGGGUCCCCCCCCCCCUUUAGCUGAAGGUGACCAUUAAAACUUAAGCAUCAUUUGUCAUUUUGAGCCAGCUAACUCCUGCACCAUUUGAAAGUUCCCUCAAAUUUCCAAAAAUGUAAAGCAUUGCUUUCAAGUUCCUUUUGAAUAAAUAAAUUGUAUAUAAUUACAUACAAUCUACAGAUUUAAAAUAAACCAGUGUAUUUAAUGAAUGAGGGUCAUGGUAUAGCAUGAUUCAUGAAACAAAGCAUUUCUCCACCAAACCAGACCAAAACUGACAAUUUCUGAAAUUUCACUUAAAUCAGUAGACAAAGCUAAAAUGUUGUAGAGAUGCAACCAGAAAGCUCAGUUUUGGCAAGUUCCUGAUCAUUUAUUUGUUGUAUUUAAGGAAGUUGUAGCACAUGCUGUCUCAAUCUGGUCAGCCCAUGAUUGCACACCCCAUUUUGUGUUUGGGAUGGUAUGUGUGGUGUGCCCCCCCCCCAUGCCAAAAUUGGUAUCAGGCACUGUGUAAUGUGGUUGUGAAUAAAUUGCUAGUAGAGCUCAGUUUCAUGACCUUUAGCCUUAAGUGUCCAUUUUGAGGUUAAAUGCACAACUGAAGCCAAAUGUGAUAGUUUCAAUACUUUACACCGAAUAAGCAAAGUUUUCUUCUGUCCUCUUGUACAGACACUGACUGUUAUAUCUUGAGGGGGCUGAUCAAGAUAGUGGCUCAGGAGGAGAAAGAUUAGAGGCUAGUGGGUAUUCACUGAACUCGUGGCUGAUUGGCUAUAAAUGUUGGUCAGGAACAUGUCCUAUUUGAGUGCAUAUGCAAUGUGUGUAAAUACACUUAAUUGGUGUUAAACCUCCACAGUAUAUUCAAUGGAUCAGUUCUCCAUCUAGCAGUGCAACAGUGUUCAGAAGUUUGAUUCCUAACCUCUCAGUCCCUCAUCCAUUCAUAUUUUUGGCAAAUAUGAGUUUUGCUGACUAGGUCAAACAGAAGAGUAAUUAUUAGUUGAGUGUAUCAUAACUGUGUCAGGGAGAUGAGAGCAGUGCCUUAUUGUGAAGAUGUAGUUUUUAGUGGCAUUCUAAAGGCUUAUGUCUGACUGUAUGCAUAUCUGAGUGAGUGUUGAGUAACAUGACCAGUGCACAUGCAUUGGUGAGCAUCCGAUUUCUCCAGUUCUUCCAUUUUGCCUUUGCCACUUUAGAAGACCUUUGUCGAUUUGUGCCAUUACUUGUAUUAUUUUUUCUUCUUUCUGAAUAGUCAGACAAUAGCAUAUUUUGCUCACCAAAAUGACAUUUGUGACACUUGAGUUGCAAUGCAUAAAAAAAAGAAAAAAUUGGAAGUUUUGUUGAAGGGUGGUAUCCAAUAAUUAGUAUGUUUGUAGUUGAAGGGGUAAAGGUUGUGCAGAUAAGUUUAUUCUGUAUGGUUUUUUUUUUGUUUGUUUGUUUGUUUGUUUUCCUCCUGUAUAAAGACUGAGACGUAAUGGAAUACACUAGAGCACACCUCCCACUUCACUGAUUUAUGAUGUGUUUAGGCUUGUGGAGUUUUCUUGAUCACUUGUGCUCCUCUCCACCAGUGUGUGUGUGUGUGAGAGUGGGUGGGGGGGUUCCCGCCCCCCACACACACUGCUGUUAAAGAACUGUCAUUACCGAAAUGUGGAAGAGCUGUAUGGGAUGAGCAUUAUUUUGUAAAAAAAAAAAAAAAGUUUGGGAUAGGUUUUGUUUUGAAAUAAAGCACCUCUUUUUCUUUGA